GUCACGUGACCACAGGAGGGGAAAGGCAGUGCAGAACAUUAUUAUCUUUAUCAUGUUUUUGUUGAAGGAAAAUGCAGUAAGAUGCACAACAGACUGGGAUUUCUAGCUAAUAGUGAUAAAGAGAUGUAGAGAGUUGUUUGAUUUCUGUGCGAGCGACGUCAUGGAGGAAUAUUUCUGAGAAACUGACUAACCGACUGUGUUUAACUUCUCCUGAGUGUUAAUUCAUGAAUUUAGCUGAAAAGUGAAGAUGUCUGGGUUUCAUUAAGUCACACUUCUGUCUGGAGGUGACUGUCAGGAAGACUGAAAAGAUGAACGCGUUAGUUGCCCUGUGUCACUUCUGUGAGCUCCAUGGGCCUCGGACUCUGUUCUGCACCGAGGCUGUUCAUCCACCCUCACCCUCGCUUCCUCAGCCUGGAUCAGCGAUGAUGCCUGACCACGAACCUGAAGGAGAGCGUGAUGGAGAGGGACUCACCAUGAAGGCCAACAGCUCGGAUACACACAGAGCCGACAUGUGUGAUGGCUGUCGCUCCCUGCCUGCUUCUCACCCUGGCUUUGUGAGUGUGGACAGUGAGACAGGGAUUCGCUUCCUUAGUCAUCAGCACCCACGUCAGCCUCAGCUGUUCAGCGUGGUGCGGCAGGCUUGUGUACGCAGUCUGAGCUGUGAGGUAUGUCCAGGUAGAGAAGGACCCAUCUUCUUUGGGGAUGAGCAGCAUGGCUUUGUGUUCUCACACACGUUCUUCAUCAAAGACAGCCUGGCGCGUGGCUUCCAGCGCUGGUACAGUAUUGUUAUAGUGGCCAUGGACAGGAUCUACCUCAUCAACUCGUGGCCUUUCCUGCUGCGCCACCUCAAAAUCACCAUCCAGAGUCUGCAGACCACAGCACUUCAGGUGUUUGAUAGCGAGCAGGUGGUUUGCCCUCAGAGAGCUGUGAACAGUACUUUUUCACCAGCAGGAUUUCCGCAUCAACGCAGCGGCAACGCAGCUCGUUCUCUAACCUCUCUUACCCGGCAUCCUGACCUGUGGGCCAGCCUGCACACUUCGUUCAGCUGGCUGCUAAAGGCGUGUGGGAGCCGACUGACAGAAAAAUUACUCGAGGGAGCACCUACUGAAGACACACUCGUUCUCAUUGAAAGACAAACAGAACAAGAAGAGGAGAUGAAUGCUGAUGGGGUUGGCAGUAUAACUCAGGACAGCCAGUCAGACACCACACAGGACAGAAAUAUUAUGUAUGGUGAAGAUGGAAAAGAUGAAGAGCCUCUUGGACCAAAAUUCAAAUCUCUGAGACAUUUACGACAGAUCCUUGGUGCAACAGAGUUCAGACAGCUGGCAUGGCAUGUGCUAAUGGGAAACCAAAUAAUAUGGAGAGGGCAGGACUGUGGUCUUAUCCAGUCAGCUUUUAGCAUGCUCAAGGCUUUGCUCCCUGUGGGUUGUGUUCGUGUGGUACCUUACAGUACACAGUAUGAAGAAGCGUAUCGAUGCAAUUUCCUGGGUCUGAGCCCUGAUGUGCAAAUCCCAGCUCAUGUCACUUCCUCAGAGUUCAUGGUGUUGGUAGAGGUGCUAAACGUGGAACAGGGCAGUGCGUAUCCUGCGUACACUGAUGAUAUCCUUUCACUGUACCAGUUCACUAUCAGUAGUGCUAAUGCACAACCAACAGACAAAGGACCGACGCUGUUGAACAAGAUCGAGCUGGCACUGGUGAAUGAGAAUCUGUCUGUGGAGGUGGUGUCUCACUGCCUGCUCUGUCUAAAGGAGGAGUGGAUGAAUAAAGUGAAAGUGCUGUUUAAGUUCUCUAAGGUGGAUGGUAGAGGUAGGGAGGACACACAAAAGGUUUUAGCCCUGCUGGGGGCCACCGGACAAGGAGAAGAGGACAAUGUGCGUCUCCUUAAAUUCUGGAUGACAGGACUGAGCAAGACGUACAAGAGCCAUCUAAUGACCGCUGUCCGAGGAGGAGAGAGAACACCGAGUCAGUAAGCGUGAGGGAGAGAACAUGAGCCUCACUCCAAAACGGUUCUGUCGUGUAUGUGUGUGUCAGCACGUUUUGAAGGAGUUUUUUUUUUUUUUCUUAAUUGCAUCACGUGUUUUAUAGGUCUGAGAGCGAUGUAGCCACUUGCAAAACUGUUCAACUACUUGGAGAUUUUAAGCUGUCACGUUCUUACUGUUCAUUUUCUGAAAUAGGAAAUCGAUUCAUUAUCACAUCUUUGACUUCUACAGUGUUAUGGCAACCAUCUUUUUUUUUUCCCCCCCUAAAGAGGUUCCUUUCUUAGCUGUUAGCACAAAGGCCAAGUAUAUAAUGCAACGCCCAGCAUUAGACAGAUGUUAUAACUUGCACACGAUGUUUAAUCCUCCCGCACAUUUUCCAGCUUAUUAAAUUGAGCUCUUAUGUGCUGUUUACAAAAGUCAAGAUGGACGACUGUCAUUAUUGCUUUCAACAUCGCGGAGCUUGUAGAUAUUUAAUUCUUGCUUUUGGAUUUUGACAGAUCGCAUAUUAAGUUAUUAAAACAAGAAUCUAUUUACUUUUCCUAUCUGGUGCAGCUUGAUAAACCAAGUAGUCAGUGUACCAUCUGCAUUACCUCUGUUCUGUUUUAAAGCAAACGUACCUUAUUUAUUUUAUAUAUUUAUACAGCGGGUAGAUUUCAGUUUAUGAUUUAGAGGGAAAACUACAGAUAUUAAAAUGUACUCGUGUAUAUAUGUUCUGUAUGCAUGAAAGGUUUGUUGAAAAAUGUGUGUGCUAUUUGUCAUGUAGCAGGAUUUUGAAAACUCACUUCUGUAAGAACUUGUAUAUGAAGAAUCUGAAUUCCCAAACUCAUUUCAUUCCAAGUAGGACAGUGGCUGUGUUUAUGCAUGUGUUUCAGUUGGAGAACUUGAAUAAGUCAUUUAUUUUGCACCUUCAGUUUUGUCUCUGUUUACUUGUACUUGGAAUGUCUGUGUGUCAUAUUUCAUAACUUGCUGUUAAUAUUUGGCUUUUACUGUAAAAAAAAAAGCUAAAUAAACACAUUUGAAUGUUG